AUGGCGUGUUUGACAAAGGACGACUUUAACCAGUUUACAGCAGACAAUUUCUUUGCCUGCAAUGAAUGUUCUCAGGAUACGAAAGCCAUCGUCCGUGAUAAAAAGAGGAAAUACCUUGCUGUAUUCAAGUGCAGCAAUAUCAAUUGCACCCGUGCUCCCGACCUAGUUUGGUACAAGUGUCGCGUAUGCACCCACCAGAACCAACAACUUUCUAAAAGAUUGGAGCAGCAUCUGGGGAAUAGAGGGCACCAAUUGCAAGUUGCCGCCUUCGAGCGCCGCAAAUCCAAAGCCUAUGUGGAGAAUGAAUCAAUCUGUGCUGAACCCGAACAUUACUCCCAAAGUGGAGAGAAAAUGGUGACAAGUACAGAUUCUGGCUUAGCGCACCCAGCCGAUGAUAGCUAUAUGGAAAAUGAAGCCCCCUUUUCUCAUCUUCACGAGGAUACGAGUCUGUCCCCAUUUCUUGAAGAUCAGAUUUCAACUGUACAAGAUUGGAGAAGACAAGUCAUCUUAAGGAGUCCGCAACCAAAUCUUGACCUUUCAGUCUACUUCCCCAACCGGGAUGAAGCUACUCCAACAGAGGGACGCAUUAGAAAUCCUGAAAAUGCUCAAUACUACCAAUGUAAUCGGCAGAACUCUGGAUAUGGGCCGAGGCUUCUCACACUACUUGCCACCAAAGGCAGUGCUUCGGCGUCUGAACUCAAAGAGACUCCUGCUACCACUGCUCUAUGGUGCAUGCUUCUUGCAAAACUGUCAGAUCGCCUUCCAAUUUGUGAUCAGCAGAUUCUCGUUGUACUUUUGGCACACUUGUCAGCACAGAAUCCUCUGCCCAAGUUGUUGCCAGUUCCAAAGGAUUAUGCGGAGCUGAGAAGGCAAUUUAUUUCCGGACGGUCUUCCAUUCCCAACCUACUACCACGACCUAUCAUCCAUAGCAUGGACCACGGUUUUGCCUAUGUGCCAAUCCGCGACAUUCUCCAGUUCCACCUAGCAAAUGGUCAGCCCUUGGAUCCAUUGGUUGACUUACCCUAUUGUUUUGGCAGGCUGAAGGCCCGAGCACUUCAUGGCUCUUCCCCAAGAGGGAAGGCUCUUCUUGCAAUUUCAAUUGACCAUACUAAUAAUCCGCAAGCUGGUACCAAUGCACAAUCAAUGGUCAACUUUCCAACUGAAGUUGUAAUUUGGUCAGAUGGAUUUGAAGCCAACAACACAAAGAAAAACAGGGGUUCUGCACAUAUUGUUCUGGUUUCUAUUGGCACACCCGAACACGAUUACCAUUCGGGGUGCAACACUUAUCCCGUGUCCCUUGGACCUUCCUCCAGUGACAAGUCACAAGUUCUUGACUUGAUGGUUCGGGACUUGACCCAGUUGUUCUACAACCAGUCCGAUGAAACAAACAAAUUCUAUGAUGGGGCAUCGGAAAGAGAGCUUUCAAUUCUCCUGCGGGUAUUUUGCUUUCUACAAGAUCGGCCCGAACGUUGCCAAUGGCUGUGUCUUGCCCACUGCAAUGGAAAAUACGCAGCUCGAUUUGGUUGGACUGGCGACCUGUCCCAACCCGCUGCAUACACCUAUCUCCCAUCAUGUUCAGUGUGUCAUGAAUUAAGAAUGGCAAGACUACAGGAGCAAGAAUGUGACCAUUGUGCCAAUUGGUGUAUGGAUGGGCUGUAUUUUGAAGCUCCAGCUGACUACCCUACCACUUUCAAGGAUUGCUUUGAUGAGGAAAACGCAGUUGGCGACAUACCAAUUAGUGCACCCAGCGACCCACGCUUAUUGUUCCGUAACUCCAGUGUCCACUUACCAUUCCGAAAGAUCUCUUUCAAGGAUUUGAUGGCUGCUUCUGAUGCGGCUUUUGAUAUGGUUCGCAAUGGAAAGUGGAAGAAAAAGGAAGGCAACGCAUACCUGGAUACCUUUGCACUUUCCCCAGACUAUAGUUCCAACAUUUGCCAAGCUGCUGAGGAGGGUGUUGGAGAGAAACCUUUGUAUCCGGCCACCUGGAAUCUACCGGGAGUGGACAUCUGUCACCACAUUGACGUGGUAAUGCAUUUAUGCUUUCUAGGGAUCACAAAGGCAAACUCAAUAGACCUAGUGAGUGGUUGGCUAAAGGUACAACGGAAGUCGACGUCAUUCUACAACAAGAGCCGUCCACUGUUAAAGCGCAUCAAAGCUCAAAGUCUGUCAUGGUGUAAAGCAGAGACAAGGUUUGGUGGAUAUGUAUCUGAGAACUGGGUCGCAUACUGUCUGAUCUCUAAAUUUCUUCAUCAACUACUUUCAAAUCUUGCACCCAUAGAUGUGGAGUACACCGAUCCACCAGGAGUGCCCUUAUCUCAAUACAAUUUGAAACAGAAGAAAGCCUGGCUUUUGGCAAGGGAGAUAGAGGGGAUUGAUGGCAAAUCAAGCAAACUUAUGGUGGACACGACAUUCCUUUGCUUCAAGUCAAAGCCUGAAGAACAGUGGCCAGAUAUUGUCAAACCAAUUGCCUCCAAGGCCAGCCUGAUUCAAGUGAAUCAUAUGAUAAUAUGUUGGCAGGUUUGUAUGGCACGAGUAAUGUCUCUUGAUCAGAAUCCAACAGAAGGACAAGUGAUGGAUAUUGAUAGGCACAUCAAGUUGUUCUUGAGUGCCGUAGAUGAAUUUGAUUCCACGAGGCGCCAACAAGCUACAACUAAGGACAAGAAAGUACCUGUAUGGCGUCGCAAACCCAACUAUAUUGGUCUUCUCAACUACCAGGACACAAUCCGACAGAUGGGCCCUCUUAGUCAACUCUCUGAGUUGGACUACAAGGGUGAAGCCUCCAUCAAAGACAUCAAGAGACAGAUCAAGAAUGGGCUGAGUGGAAACUGGUCUUACAAUGCAAUGCGCGGGUACUACUGUGACAAGUCAUACCAGUAUGUCAUGAAGGACUCUGCAAUUGAUGUUGCUGCCCAACUACAAGCAACAAAACCUGGAGAAACAAAACCUGCCGUGCUUGAUUCAGCUUCCGCCAUGCUUGAUGUCGCAACUCACAUUGCUGGAAAAUCACUUGGUGGUGGAACAAACAACACUGAGACCAAAACCACAUUUGUUCCCCGACAAAAGAACUACACAAGGUUCAAGGAUGAAUUUACCGCACUUGAAAGACUUAAUGGUAUUGGUGACACAAUUUUGGUUUCGGGAUUAGUCUUGGACAAUCAUUUUUAUUUGAUACUGAGGGAGGGCAUCAGAAAUUGUAUUGAAAUAAAGCCAAUUGCCUUCCAAAAGGAAGUGUGUGGAGCUUGCUACUUUUCUUAUGGCAAGGUGGACAACGCCCCAACUUAUGAUGUGCCCCCAGUGUCCAAAUCGUCUGAGUUCUUUUUGCUUCUACCCUUUCUUCGUGACAAUGGGAAAAUACCAGAGGAUGACAGCAAUAAAUUCUACCUAGUCACAUCUAAAUGGAGGGAGGUGACACUAGCAGAUGGAGACGGCUAUAGGCUGCAGUUGCCAAUAGUUCCUGGUGCUACAUAUGGGGAAUAG